GAACCGGCAGGUGAGGGAUCGGCCCCGCGGAGCUGGGAUACCCCAGGCGAGGGCUCCCGGCUGGCCAGGGGGCUCCUCAGGGGGAGGCUAACCUCAGGCCCGUGCUUCCCUCAGGAAGCCUGGAUUUUGGAUUACACAGUUUGGAAGGAAAAGGAUCACAUCUCAGAUCACAGCUUUGAUUCUGCGCUGGAUAUGUGACAAAGCUUUCCAGUUCACCUCAAGACACCAGCAAUAUGCCCAUUGUAAAGUACCCCAGGGCUAGAGAGCCCCUCUAUUACGAAUGGGACAGGAAAGCCCGGAAAUGUGGGUUAAGACACACAGUUUAUGCUGUAAAUGGGGAUCAGUAUACUGGAGAAUGGCUGGACAACUUGAAACAUGGUAAAGGCACCCAGAUAUGGAAAAGCACCGGAGCUAUUUACAGCGGUGACUGGAAGUUUGGGAAGCAGGAUGGUUAUGGCUCAUACAGCGUUCCUGACCCUGUAACCAAGGAAUACAAGAGGGUGUACACAGGCUGGUGGAAAAACGGCCAGAGAACUGGUGAGGGGGUGUUCUUUUACCCCAACGGGGAGCGCUACGAGGGCGAGUGGAGCGAUGGAGUGCGGGGCGGCUGGGGACGGAUGUACUACCUGGAUGGAUCCAGCUACGAGGGACAGUGGGAGGGGGAUCAGCCCAACGGGCAGGGGAUGCUGCAGCUCCCAAAUGGAAAUCGGUACGAAGGAGGUUGGAAAGAUGGAAAGAAGAAUGGCCCAGGGAGAUACUUUUACGUGGAAAAGGGACAGUUGUUAGAGGGCACCUGGGCAGAAGAUAUAGCAAAGUGUGGAGUUCUGGUUGACUUCGAUAGAGACAAAGCUCCGGCCCCUACUCAGUAUCCAAUCCCAAAGAUUGAACUAAAUGAUCCAGCUGGUGUUUUAGCAGAGGCCCAGGCACUGCUUGAUGACAGCAAUAAUUAAUAACUGGAAGCUGAAGAAAAAGAAAAGAUGUAAGAUAAGAACAGUGCUGAGUUAUGUAUUCAUUUGAGUGUCAAAUCCACACUGUGGUGUAUCAUG